AUGGAGUAUGAUAUCUAUUGCGCAAUAUGCGGCGGCCCAUUUGCUCAUCUGAACGCAAAAGAAUGGCAUGUCCAGGAUCGCGAAGAAUACAUUUCGGAAUUGGGGGCGAUUGCCAUUAGGACUUGGUUAGCGGACAUUCGGGUCAUCGGAGAGAACCAUGGGAGUACCUCGCCAUGCAAAGCGUGGCUCUCAGGCCCUGCCGCUUAUCAGGACCCGGGAGAAAUGCUGUUCGAGCUCGAUCAUGAAUUGACUCCUGGCCAUUGGUCCGUAAGGCUGUAUGCUUUUGAGGGCAGUGAAGAUCCAUGGCUCGCCCCGUUCCAUACUCGCUGUUAUCAGAUAUUCUGUCGCUACAUGGGCGUCUCUGUCUCUCAGCUGGAUAAGGAGGCGUUUCUGGAGGCUUUGAAAUCUCUGGCCCGGUAUACCAGCACGGGAACCACUUGUCUUGACAUUGACUAUGGUAAUAUAUGGAAGGAGAUGGAUGGCUAUUCGCCGCUAAGUGAGGCCCCGUCUUAUGUUGGAUUUGAUCCCGUCAAGGUGAGAGGGUUAAAAGAGCUGUAUGCCCAUCUUCCUCAAACAAUCGCCAGCAGUCCCAAGGAGAUGACAUGGCAUAGAGAAGAGGCAGAUCCGUUCUCGAAGCUCUCUGCUGAUGUCCUACUGCUCAUUGUAUCGCAAAUGGACCCGAUUGACUCUCUAUUUAACGCUCGUCAAGCUUCGCCCGCCUUUGCGAACCUCGAGCUCAGCAAUAGAUUUUGGAGAAGGCGCCUCGCUAUAGAUAUGCCCUGGCUUUGGGACCUACCACAAGUAACGUCCCACGAGCAGAUCGAUGAAAUAGAUUGGCGUAAAGUCUAUCACAAGCUCUACUGGGGAAGCACUCCUUCAUCUCAGAAAAAGGUCUUGAUACGUGGUCUAUGCAAUAGGAGGAGAAUAUGGGAACAUAUGUGCCCGGUGUUUGCCGAAGCAUACUUGGAGAUGAAGGCUCGUCAUAGGCUUUGGACCUGUGGUAGGCCGACUUCCCUAGCAUGUUCUAUUGACCAAGAAGCAAAGCAGCUGAUAGCCCCGGAGCCAACGCACACUAAGCUUGUGAUUGCCAGUCUCUUGAAUGAGCUAGUAGACUUGGCUGAUGUGCAGCCAGAACUGCUGGUGGAUUGGUCAAUCGACGGCUAUCUGGUUGCAAUUCGAAUCUUCAAUGGCGGGGACUCGACCCAGAGCACGGCGGCAGCGCCUCUGGCUCAUACAACAGACACAGUUCAUAUCCCCAAAGGUGACUGGCCAGCGGGUUUCAUAAUCACCAGCCGUUCGCUCAGGACGGAUAGCGACUCGAAUGAGAGACGCCAGAUCGUCGGUCUUGAUAUUCUGUUCCUAAAAUGCUCGUCGAUCCAGCUUGGGUUAGGGGAUGGAGACAAACGUCUUAUUCACGUGCAUGAUGGCCGUUUCGUGGUCGCUCUGAAAAUGACUUGCUCUGCCAUUGAUGGAACACUAUGCAGGAUAGCAUUGAUUGAGCAAGACCGAGUUGCGGCGAAUGGAUGCGAGCGAGUCUUUGCCUCUAAUUGA